GCCACCGCAGCGCAGCGCAGCGUCCGGGGCGCCCUCGCGUGCCGUGCUGCAUGGCCGCAGAGGGGACCGCGGGGAGCGCCCCGGAGGGCAGCGGGAGCGCGCCCCACGCCCGCCCCUUCAUCUGCUCGUUCCCGGGCUGUGACUCUUCCUUUAACAAGGGUUGGAAGUUAGACGCGCACCUCUGCCGGCACACGGGCGAGAGGCCGUAUGUCUGCCCUUACGAUGGCUGCGGUAAAGGCUUCACCAGAGACUUCCACCGCGCUCGACACAUUCUUAUGCACACCGGGGAAAAGCCGUUCGAGUGCACAGCUGAUGGCUGCAAUGAGAAAUUCAGAACCAAGUCAAACUUAAAGAAGCACAUUGAGCGCAAGCAUCAGAAUCGGAAAAGGCAAUAUGUGUGCGACUUCGAGGGCUGUAAUGAGUCUUUCAGGAAGCAUCAACAACUUAAAGUUCAUCAGUGUUACCACACCAAUGACCCUCCCUUCAAAUGUAAUAAUGAAGGAUGUGGAAAGUGCUUUUCUACCCCAAGUCACCUAAAGCGGCACGAAAAGAUACAUGAAGGCUAUGCAUGCAAGAAAGAAGACUGCUCAUAUACUGGAAAAACUUGGUCAGAGCUUCUGAAACAUAAUAAAGAAAGUCAUGCAGAAACAAUCAUUUGCAGUGAGUGUAACAAAACUUUUAAAAGGAAAGAUUACCUCAAGCAGCAUCAAAAAGUACAUGCUGCCGAGAGGGAGCUCUGCAGAUGCCCAAAAGAAGGAUGUGGGAGAACUUACACAACUGUAUUUAACCUUCAAAGCCAUAUCCUCUCUUUUCAUGAGGAGCAAAAACCGUUCUCUUGCGAUUAUCCAGGCUGUGGAAGAACAUUUGCAAUGAAGCAGAGCCUAGCAAGGCACGCAGUUGUACAUGAUCCUGAAAAGAAAAAGCUGAACUUGAAAACAAAGCGUUCUCGUCCUAAGAGGAGCUUAGCCUCUCAUCUGAGUGGCUACAUUCCUCCUAAAACACAGCCAGGGACGGAUGCUGUUGUGACACAAAGCAAGACAAUGGAUAAGCCCAUGGAAAGUGAAAUACCAACUGUUGAAAUUCUGACUCUGCAGUAAAGGUGGACUGAGACGACAGUCUUCAUGGAAUAAUCGAUAUAAAGUUCAACAAUAAUUUUAUUAUAUUUAUAGGGUUGUGUUUGUUUUUAAGUAAGAGAUUGUUUAUACUUUUUUAUAAAGUCACUGAUGCAACUCA